CGAUUGGCGAAGGACGGGCAACGACGGCAGCGCUGCCGGGACUUUGAGUUUAAGUCAAGUACGAGUCGGAGUACCUAACAAGUUUGACUUUGACUGACAUCCCUGGACCCUGGAGGCUUGGAGCUGGACUAGGAUAUGUGAUUUUUCUCCUUCAGGAUUCAGUUCAGCCAAUCAGCUAUGGCAUUCAACGCAUUAGCAAGAUUGCCCAAUUCUUCUGUGGGACCAGAUGUUUGCAGCAAAAGUAGCAAUGAUACUGACAAGAAUGAUAUGCUAUCGCAUCACCCAUCAUGUCAAGAUCCUACGUCAAUGACUCUCAACGUUGAUGAUUUAUAUUCUUCUCAAACCCCAGAAAAAUCUCAUCACUCAUGUUUAUUGCCAAAGAUCAAAGAGGCCAAAGAACUUCAGGGAAUAAUGCUCAGUGACAGUGACUUGUAUUGCAGUGGUGUGGACCCUGGACCUAUUGAUGUUGGAAAUUCAGUGAACAGUGUUUCUAUGUCUAGUUCUAUGAUGGUUAUGAUGAACACUGCUUCAAGUUCUGGAAAUGAUUACAGCAUGUUGCCUAAUUUUGAUUCAAGUUUGUCUCAUGUGAAUAACAUGAACAUAUUGAGUCUUCCAAAUAUAUUCCACACGUCAGAAACUGACAGUGAAGUUGCCCUAACUCUGGCAAGUUUAGGGGACCCUAAAAAUGAAAAGCUUGAGCAGUCAGCUGCAGUGGUAGAAAAUUUUGCUGGUGAUAACAUAGAAAAAACACUGUCAAAUGGAUUAACUGAUAAUAUCUCAUCUCUCAAUUCAAAUGCUACUGAAUCAUGCAUUUCAAACACUGUCAACAAUCAAACUUUUCAGAAGAAAGAUUAUUUUUCUUCAGCUUCAGAAAAUGUUAUUCAUAAGUCAAUUCUAAGCUCAGAUCAGAUGUCAUCUGACAAAGUUUCUUCAGUGGAACCAACACUUGUACUGAGGAGCAGAAGAGCCAGAGGAUCUGCUUGUAGCAAUCAACAACGACAACACAAUUUCCCAGACCCUGAACGAAUUAGUCGGAAACGUCGUAAAAAGGAUGCCAGUAGCAAACACACUUUAGAGAAAAUUCCGCUUCAAGUAACUGAUGUAAUAUCAAAAAAUACAGGAGCAACACCGCAUGUACUUCAUACCAGCUCUAGUCAAAUGGGAGAUACUUUGAUAGAAGAUACUCAUUUAUAUUGUCAACUACAAAACCAAUUGCCAACAAGUAAAGACUCUAGCAGCACAUUGAAUUCCACUGAGAAGCUCUAUUUUCUUGGGAAAGAAUUUUCUUUUUCAGAAUCCCAGCUUUCUCCACUGGAGGCAGCCAAUGAUCAGAAGCAGCUUCAUAACUUGAAUAAAGAACCACGUUCUGAUGACUUGAGUUCCUUGCAAUCAUCAAAGAGCACAGCUGAACCAUCGUCAGUUUGUGUUGAUUCAAAUGUUGAAGAUUCCCAUCUGGAUACUUUUUCAAAUGUAAUGCUUGCAGCCAAUUCCAUUUUAGAUGGGCACUUUAGCAGCCAAAAAACAGUAGAAAGUGUCAAUAUUUACAAUCAGGAUGGCAGAGUUUUUCAACGAUAUCAUCCCAAUUCUUCUGGCAUCCACUCGAGUGCAAACAGUACUCAAGUUUUGCCCUCUUCUGUAUUUUCUCUUCCUAGUAGCACAACCUUGAUACAUCCAACAGUAGCACCUUGUUAUGCUGUCAAUUGCAGUGUUGAACAAAAUUCUGAUUUUACCACAUCAAAUGAUGUUCGCAUAUCUGCUGUUCAAUGUCCCAUGGGCACUACAGAUAUAAAUGUUUUUGCUUCAAAUAAAAAUGAGUUUGCAUCAUCUUUGAACGCUUAUCCUCACACUUCUGUGUCCCAAACUCCACAGUCAUUUCCAUUGAUUUCCAGCACAUUCACCUCAACUUCAAACUCAUUUACAUCUUUAAAUUCAUUAGUUCCAUCCUCUAACAACCUAGGUCAGAACAAACUAGGAGGUGAUCAUUUCUUCAGUUUGCAGUCAUCAGAUUUUCAAGGUCCUAAUUGUUUACAGUCAUCCGGAUCAGCACAGUCUGUACCAACAGUCACCCAAUCUUUUUCUAACAGCUCCACUUCCUACUUGCCUGUUGCUCACACACAGAACACAUUUUCACAUACUCUUUAUGAAUCCAACACAAGUGCUACUGCUGAAACUCUUCCACAAGUAGAACAAGGUGCCUCCAAAAGUGUUAGUUGCAGCUAUAGUAAUGCCAUUAAUGGUGAAGCAACACUCCAAAAUUCUUCAAACACAGGCAAAAAUGAGCAAGCGCAAGUUAUUAGUAACUCAAGAGAAAAAGUAAUUGGUGAAAGUGGUGGGUUGGCUACAGUACUCCUGCUUCCUGUCACGUCUGCCGGGAUUAGUGAAAAGGAAAACUUACUGGGACAGCUGCUGAAGGCAUCAGAACACUGUGAGCCAGCCUCCCUCAUCCCAGCAGGUGUCGUCAAUGAUGUUAUUCCUGCAGUAGGAUACAGAAUCUUGGAAGUCUCCAACUUGAGCGAGAUGAUGAGAAGCAUGCACUGCUGUUCAGGCAGCAGCGUCCCAGGCACCAUCGUCAUACAGGAGCGAGCCUCUCUUCGAGAAGGAGCUGUGUCUCAGCUCUCUGUAAUAUGUACAGCAUGCCAGGAGGGAACUGUGUGUGCAACCAGCAAUCGUGUUGCAAGUGACGGCAGCGCCGCAGCAGCGCCAGGGUCGGCAUGGGACAUCAACUUACGCGUGCAGCAACUCGCUCAAGAAUUUGGCCUUACUGAGCAUCAGGUUCAAAGAAUGUUAGAAAUUCUCGGUAUAUUUUAUCGUCCCUGUGACCCUCCAACGAUCGCCGACCCUCGUUCCUCUAGCAAUGCUGACAGCAGCCUAAGAUGUGAGGGUGUGCCUGCUGGAAAUGCUGAUAUUAGUGCUGCUCACACCGAACAAAACACUGAUGGUGUCACUCUCACCUCCAGACGAACUGCCAGCCAUAAAACAGCCGAGUUGAAGUUUGAGUCUCUACAAAAUCUGAGUGUGAGCAACAACAACACAAACAACAACGGCGGCGCCUGCACUAAAACUAGCAAAAAGAAAACAAAGAAGAACAAGAAAUCUUCUCCUGCAGAACCCAAGCCUAAGACCAUAUCCUGCACCGAGUGCCCGGCCAAGUUUGCUGCUCUAAACCACCUGAAGAAGCACGCGCUGUCGCACAACCUUGCCCAGCACACGUGUCCGUACUGCCACUCCUACUUCAAGAAGCCGUACAACCUCAGGGAACACAUCAAGAAACAUCAAAGUUACAUCUUGCAGGCAAAGAAUGCUAUGUUAGAUUAA